AUUUUGUGUUCUAAAUCUCGAAGGCAUGGCUGUUUCUUAUAAGUCUGUUCUUGAGGCGGUGCAGGCAUUUGUCAUAUGUGGUGUGCUAUCGGCACAAGGCCCUCCCAAAAUGUCCGUGAAAGACUGGUCUUGUGGUUUCACUGAAACUCAAAAGCAAUACACGUACGAUUUAUUGGAAGGUAGUUGCGCUAAAUAUAAAGCUGCGGUGAACCUUUGUUGCGCUGAGCAUAGAGACUGCCUCAAACAAAAUAUAGACUCUGAAAAAGAAGUAAAAGAAUGUAAUGCUGAUCUAUGUUUAUGCUUAGAGGUACCAGCCAAUGAAGAUGAUGGAUGUGGCUACAAAGUUUACGAAAGCUGUUAUAAUGCACUCAUGAAUAUAAAAUUUAUAGUAGUCAAAAUGCAUUUUCAUCAGAUCGAGGACACCUACGAAGCUGUCAUGCCUUACGGAUUUGUUGAAGAAAGCGUUCGUAAUGUCUAUGAUGAAUGUGGAGUUGCACAGAAAUAUAGUACGAGAGCCUGCGCAGUCAGGCAUAAUGAAUGCCAUUUGCAAGGAAUGCAAGAUUGCGAAGAAGAUUUCAAGUAUUGCAUGGUUUGCGCAAAUAUGAAGAUUAAUGAACCAAGAGACCAAGAGGAAAGCUGUAGUCUGGCAAUAGCGGGACUCAAGCGGGACGCUUCCCUUGAUCACUCUCGGUCCUCGAUGCCUCCCGCCCCUCCUGCUCUUACAAAAGUGCCAUCUGAAACAUUGACAACACAUGUGAAAGAAGGUUGUCCAACUUUAGCCACUUAUAUACCCGUUCUUGUCACAGUCGCUGUCAUAUGUAUGGCAGGUUGCUUCUGCACGAUGUGUCUAUUAUUGAUGAGCAAGAAGGGGUGGAAAAUUGGAUCUAAAGGAGGCUGUACACUCGAUGACAGAUGCCACUCAUGUCAUUGACAGGCCGCGUUCCAAUAAUAGGGAAUCGAUCAUUUGUGUUUGAUUGUAACUGAACUUUGAGUUCAGGUUUCACAUAGUUCCGUACAAUCUUCAUAAAAAUGACGAGUCGUCAUGAUUUGUAGCAAUAAAGCGUUUUGUUC